UGGAUUGGUCUGAUAGAUCUAGAGGUGCAAACAGACACCUGGGACCCUUCACCAAAGAGGCAACCAGACAGCAUGACUUGUCCCAUGAACAGAUGAUCCCAGCCAAGCCCAGCCAGGAAACAUCAGAAGGACUUUGGGCCUCCUGGAGGGAAAGAUGCACAGAGCCGUCACCUCAGCCAUGCACAAGGCUUGGUCUCCUCUCUGGGCAGAGGCCACGGGACAGACUCGGGACCAUCUGGCUGGAGCCAUGGCUCUGAAAAUGACCCCCGUGCUACUGCUGUUACUGGCUUCUGCACUGGUGCUGCUGGGAGCAUCAGCCAGCCAGGAGCAGUAUGAGCGGUUCCUCCUUCAGCACUUUGAUGCAAAGCCCAAGGGUCGUGAUGACCGCUACUGCAACAACCGCAUGCGCUACAUGAUGAAGGAGGACAGGAGGAGGGACAGAAAUCCUGGGCCAAAAGUCUGCAAGGAGACAAACACCUUCAUCCAUGGGAACAGCGACGAUAUCAAAGCCAUCUGCACUAGCCGUGGAGGCAGGAACUAUGUAACCAGAACUGGCCAGGCCAUGCGCCAGAGCCUCAGAUCAUUCCAGGUCACCACCUGCACCUGGCAUGGAGGGAAACCCCUCGACCACUGCCAGUACCGGGCAACCCGGGACUCAAGGAUGAUCGUCAUUGCCUGCGACGAGCAUGAGCACCCGGUGCAUUUUGCCGAGAGCCAGAUCUGACGAGGUGAUGAGGAGGCAACUCCUGAUUCCCUCGGAAUCUGCUGCUGCCUCUUCUGGUGCAGCGAUCUUGGGCUGAAAUGCCCUGAUCACAUGUUGCUGCCCCCAAGUGCCCAUUAUACAGUAUAGCCGCCCCUUUCCACUGCUCACCCACU